AUGUACUUUUGCGAAAACUAUUGUUCCUGUGACGUGAGACCAAAAAUUAUAAAAGAAUCAGGCUACAGGUUUAUCGAGUAUGCCAAUGCCAGCAUACAAGAAACUACCAGAGACGUUGAAUGUUAUGUAAAUUGCCCGGCACCUUGUCAAGAAAAAAAUGUUGUAAAAGCUUGUUCAAUGAACAAAACAUGCAAAGUGAAAAAGCGUAAUGCUAAAUGUUCUUGUAAUAAACCACCAAUUUGUAUUAAAAAGAAACCUAAAUGUUUGUGCAUUGAAACAUUGAAAGGUAUUGAAUUAGUGCCUUGUCAAAAUAGAACUAAUGCAACCAAAAAUAUUUGCCUCAUUGAUAGGGUAAGAAAUUUGCUUGGUAAAAAUAAAAAAGUUGAUGUUCCAAAAACCAAAAUUUACCACAACAAGUGCAGUUGUUCAGUGCAAACCACAAAAAGUAUUUGUUUGUGUCCUAAAACGAACAAAUCUCCAGCAACGAAAAAAUAUAAUGAAGUUCCUUGCAAGUGUCCUCCUGAAUAUACUUUAUGUAUGUGUCCUAAAAAGCCAACAAAAAAGAAAACCAUAUGUGGCUACCAAUCUAAAAAAAAGAGUUCAAAAGUCAAAGAUAACUAUGAAGUUGAUGCCAAUAUUACUGUAGUUGAACCUAUUAGGCCUAAGAAAAAACGACCUUCUGCAGAUAAAAGGGUUAGUUUGAAUGGCGACUCCAAAUUAAAUGAACUUUAUGAAAGUAGUCACGAUGCCAGAGAAACAUCCAACGUCAUCAAACCGAUACAAAUUAAUUAG